CGACUAUUCAAGGAAAAUCGGAUCUAAGUGCUUGAAGCUGAAACUACAACAACAGCAGCCUUGAAUUAUAUAGCAACGGGUAAUGUUUGUUAAACUUAGGGUUGCUUUGCCGGAUACACACACAAUAGUAUUGUUAUUAUUUUUAUAAUUGUAUCAUCAAUAAUAAGUUUAUCCAAACAAUUUAUGAGACAUUGCGUGAGCCAGUGUACAGUUGUUCAUUUUGAAUGAUUGUUGAAUGAUUCUAGAAGAUCACGGAGUUUAUAAAAAUGAAACCUUUAUAAACGACUUAUGUAAUACGGUAACAAUGAUGAACGCGCUUUUAUCGCUGUGCUUCGUGGCUUGCGCUUCGCUGCUCUCCUCCGCCUUCGGAUGCGACGUUCCACCGUGGACACUAAAAAGAGCCGACGCCCGCAAUAGUGUUGUGUCUUUUUUCAACAACACUAUUACAGAUUCAUUCAUGAUGGUUAGGUGGACUUGGAUGGACUCGUCGUCUGGCUUAUGGGACACCAGACUGCGAGUGUCACUCAAUAAAGAAGACAUAAUUGGAGGAGGAUUUACGUAUUCUGACCAAUAUGAAAACGAAAUAGCGUCAGUCAGAUGGUUUAGAAAAAAUGGUCCAAUUAAAUGGAAAUUUACGUCGUUUUCGACGCCACCAGAUAGUUGGUGGAUGACAUCAACAUUACCUUGGGGAGGAAAUAUGACAUGGGGGUACAAAAAUCAAAUUACUGAUGGUUCGUGGGUUUUUAAAGUCGAUAAUGAUACAUUUAUCCCAAAAAAUGAACAAAAUUUUGAUGGUUGGCCACAGACAAUAGGAAAUCGUUGGAAAAGAACAAUAUCCUUAAAUGAUCUUCCUAUUAAGAAUAAAGAAUAUAACGCAGACUUUAAAAAUAUAAAAGAGGAAGAAAGAGACAAAGAUGUUGCUAAAAUGGUUGCUGAUUACUUUAAAGUAUUCUAUCAAGCGUUUAGAUCAAAAGGAUCAUCUCUUGAUAUUGGUUCUCAACUUAGUAAUGAUGAAUUCAAUAAAUAAAUACAUAAAAUUUACACGAUGUAAUUGUGAAUUUUAUUUUAUCCAUUCCACUACGGACAAUUCAAAU